AUGUUCGCAACAGCAAAAUUCCUCGCGAUCAGUCCCCUGAUUUUGGCGGCAAGUGUUUCGGGAGACGGACACUUCGCACGAGACGAUGCGGCGGGUGGCGGCGUGAAAAUCACCACGCUCAGCAAAACUUCAAAUGCGACUGGCGGGACCGGACAAGUCGCUGCAGCGGGAACUUUGGAGCCUUUUGGAGGGAUUGGUGUAGGCUGUGGGAUAAAUUGGAAUUCGAAGGAUUCUUACGGAGGUGGUUUGCAAGCUGGUUCCAAGGACUUUGGACUCGGCGGCGGGGCGGAAAUCAAACCUGGCAGCCUGCAUUAUGGAGCUGGGAUCGGUCUGAAUGGAGUGAAUGCGACCGCGAGUUUCCAGCUGAAUGCUACGACCGAAGGAGUUUUCGGAUUUGCGUUCAGUUCGACGGAGAAGUUUGCUUGUUCUAGCAAACUCGAGAAGGGGAUGUACUCUAUCGAUUGUUAUAGUACGAAUUCGCAGCAGUAUCAUGGAUAGAAGGCUGGAGGGAGAGCAGACAAAAGCUGAUGUAUUUUCAAUCCGUACGAGGCUUGAGCUCGUCUGAAUCUACUGACGCGAAUCAGCACCUCUGCUGCUGUAAACGGGUCUUUCCCUAUGCACUGCGACACAUGCGCUCAUGUGCCUCCCUUCCACGAUCAUUAUUCGUAAACUCAUCCUUUCCGGCUCGUUCUGCUGAGACCUCUCCGGUCGUGCCCUCCUGUGCUGGGUUCUCUGGGGAGGCACGUUUCCUGGCCGAGGACCCCGGUUAUGGCAUUGUUGAUAAGCUUGAGGACGAGCUCGAUGCUGUUGAGCUGUCCGUGGUCUAUCAAAAAGCUGAGCCCCGAUUAUGCUGUCCUGACGCGCGUCUUAAUGCUUAGCAGCUGCAGCAGCUAACGCCAGGUGUUCUUGGCGAUAUAUGCAAAUAGCGACGUGCACUGCAUGCCGAGCAAUUAAGAAGCAACGCCACCGAGGCCUGCGAGGUUACUGUUGACCUGCUCAGUAGGACCUUGAGAGCUCUCCUCCUGGUGCGAAGCCACGCCUCCUAAUGCUCUGAGAUCUUCGACUGCUGGCUCGGACGGCACUGUAUGGGUAGUGCCUGUAUGGAGAUUUACUUCUGGCUCGGCUUCUGGCUGAACGACUGGAACAUGGUCCUUUGUGUCUGGCUGCAAGACCGAAUCGCCAACAUUGGUGACGCCACCAAUGCCUUUGAAUCCUGGAUGAGGCUCGCUGAUGUGGUCCUCGUAACGCUCGCUGCUGGCAGAGAUCAUCUCAGGAUUGGAAGUGGGAAAGUUCUCCUCCUCAUACUUAUUCCAGGAUCCCAUAAAUUUCUCCUCGGUCUCCUUCCAUUUGCGGAUGCCGUACGCGGUCGCACUCUUGCCGUAUUUGGUGGCCGAUUCAGUAUAGCUUGGGCGAAAUGAAGCUGUUGUGACGAAAAUCACGACCACAAGAAGCAUUGAAGUUAGGACUGCAACUCCUCGCUUGCCUCUUACGACUGGUCGCGGUGAAGGACUGGAAUAUCCUCGAGCACGUUUUGGCUGCCAUUGCUGUGUUGCUUUCUCCAUGGCGUCG